UAUAAAUGUAGAAUUCAAACCUUUUGGCUAACACUGUCUGUGUUGGAAAAAUACUUCUCAUCACUUUGAGCACUUUAUACUGUCUGUGAAACAUGGUGGUGGGAGCAUCAUGCAGUUGGGAAGGUUUAAUUCUGCAGGCAGCUGGAUAAGAGCAUGGGAAAAGAAAAAACAGAGGCAGAGAAAGACGUGAGACUGGGGUGAAGUUUCAGCUUCCAACAACACUAAACAGGACAGGGAAGUUAGUUAUGGAUGGAUGGGAAAUAAAAUAAAAUAAAAAAUAAAACAAACUUGAGACUGGGUUGACAGAACACAUUCCUGCAUUACAACCCAAAACAAACAAUCACAGCUACAAUGGGGGAGCUUAAGAGUAAAGCAUCUUUAUGUUAUAUAGUAGAAUAGUCAGAGUUCAGACCUAAAUCCAAUUAAGAAUUUGCAGCAAAACUAUCAGUCAUUGGCGUAUGUUUACGAAUUCCCACGAAUCCCUGCAGCAAUAUUAGGCUAUAAAUACUUUCCACUUGCUAUAUAUACAGUUUAUGACAUCACCUGAACCAGCCUGGUAUAAAGGUCACAUAAUCACCACUACCUACUCACAGCUACUGGUUGAUCCCUGUUGUGGCCCCGCCCCCGCUGAGCUCACCUGUGACACAGCAGCCGCACCUACCCGGGAUGUUCGCUCUCAUUCUCCGUGAUCUCCUCUACGUAAGGUAGAUUACCCGCAUCGCUCACCGACACUUCCUGCCUUCUCACCUGACAUGCAGGAGCUGAUGGCCUACCUCCAGGAUCCGGAGCUUGUGGCCCGGUUCCAGAGAAGAUGCGGGCUGUACCUAGUCGAAGGGUCGAAUCCGGGCCCCGGCAGGAGCCGAUCUGCGAACGGAGCCCCUAUCGCCCAGGAGAAACCACGUGGGCAGCUGCAGGGAAGCUGGGACCGGCAGGACAGCAACUCAAACUAUGAAUACAAGGACUGCAAAAAGCCUCAGUAUGAGGUAAGAAACCGGCUCCUCCACUUCCUCUUCCUGUUCUCGGCUGCUCUAGGUCAUGAAGUGUUUUACAUCACCUGCUUGCCCUGCAUACACUGGAAUCUGGACCCAUUCCUCUGCCGCCGCCUUGUCAACAUGUGGACCUUGGUGAUGUACGUUGGCCAGGUGAUGAAGGACCUACUGAAGCUUCCUCGCCCGCCCUCACCGCCUGUGGUCAAGCUUGAGACGCGCGUGGACGCGGAGUACGGACUGCCGUCCACCCACGCGAUGGCCGCCACUGCCAUCUCCUUCACACUUUUACUGAGUGCUCCCUCCAGAGUACAGUUCUGCUUCCAGACAGGCCUGCUGAUCGCUGCGACGCUCUCGUCUCUGGUGUCUCUGAGCCGACUCUACACUGGCAUGCACUCAGUUCUGGAUGUGGUUUGUGGCAUUUUGAUCACUGCCGUCCUGAUUCUGCUCACCUACCCUUUCUGGGAAUCCUUCGACAGCUUCCAGCUGACCAGCCCACUGUCCCCCAUCAUUGCUCUGUCACUGCUGCUCUUCCUGAGCUACACAUACCCAGAGCUGGACCAUUACACCACCACACGAGGAGACACCACCACCAUUCUCGGCGCGUGCGCUGGUUGCUCAGUGGGAUACUGGGCCAACGUGCAGCUGGGUGACACUUUUGAGCCCCGGGGGCCGUUACCUGUUCCUCUACCCACAGUAACGGCGCUGUCUGUGGCCAGAGGGGCUGGACGCAGCCUGGUGGGAGUUGUUGCCCUGGUGGGAACUCGGCAGAUAGUGAAGAAACUGAGUUUGGACGCGUUAUAUUCUUGGUACAAUGCUCCGAAAACAGAUAAAAAUGCCAGGAGGAGGAAGGAAAUAGAAGUACCAUCCAAGUUUGUCACAUACACAGCUGUUGGACUGGUUAACUCUAUAUUGGUCAACAGAGUCUUUGCUCUGAUUGGACUUCUAUGAUCAUCUGCCAUCCAGUAAGACUGAUCUGUAAUUACCUAAACAAUGAACUUUAUAUUUAUCUUACCGUACAUUAUUGAGCUUUUAUAAACUGAAAAAGAAGUGAAUGUGUGACUCCCCAGUGGAAAUGAUUUAUAUAAGACUGCAUACAAGACAUGUCGCUGAUGUAAAGCUUAGCUGUAAAUAAAAAAAAGUUUGUCCACACACAAAUAAAGCUUUCAUGGUUCUAAAUUUGA